AUGUCUACUAUAGGGUGGACCACAGAAGACUGGAUAGACUUCCACCAAAAAGCUACUCCAGAUGAUUCACUUGAAAAGAUUUUACAACUUUUGAAGUCUCAAAGUGCCGCUCCACAAGAUCCAGCUUGGAUUUCAUUAGCUUCAGAAGAAAACAUUAAACACCAAUGGCAAAUACUCCAAUCUAAACUUCAUAAAGAAAAUUUGACCUUAUACGGUGUUCCAAUUGCGGUGAAAGACAACAUCGAUGCUAAAGGAUUUGAAACAACAGCUGCUUGUCCUUCUUUUGCUUAUACUCCAGAAAAAGACUCCACUGUGGUUAGAUUGUUGAAAGAACAAGGUGCCAUUGUUAUUGGUAAAACUAAUUUGGAUCAAUUUGCAACUGGUUUGGUUGGUGUUAGAUCACCAUAUGGUAAAACUCCAUGUGCUUUCAGUGAUAAACAUGUUUCUGGUGGUUCCAGUGCAGGUUCCGCUAAUGUUGUUGCUAGAGGUAUUGUUCCAAUUUCAUUAGGUACUGAUACUGCAGGUUCAGGAAGAGUUCCAGCCGCUUUGAACAAUUUAAUUGGAUUAAAACCAUCAUUAGGUGUUUUUUCAUGUUCUGGUGUUGUUCCAGCAUGUAAAUCUUUGGAUUGUGUUUCAAUAUUUUCAUUAACUUUAGGUGAUGCUCAAAAAGCAUUCCAAGUUAUGGCUAAACCAGAUUUAAACAAUGAUGAAUAUUCAAGAGCCCUUCCGGCUAAUCCAUUAUUGAAAUACAACAAAAAACCUAAAAUUGCCAUUCCAGAGACUUUACCAUGGUAUGGUGAAAAGGAAAAUCCAAAACUAUAUGAGGCAGCAAUUGCAAACUUAGCUAAAACUGGUGCUGAAAUUGUUAAAAUUGACUUCACAGACUUGUUAGAUUUGGCCAAAUGUCUUUAUGAAGGUACCUGGGUCGCUGAAAGAUAUGCUGCCACAAAAGAUUUCUUAGCUACUGAUCCACCAAAAGAUACUUUAGACCCAACUGUUAUUGGUAUCAUCAAAACUGCAACCAAAUUUGAUGCAUCCGAUGCUUUCAAAUAUGAAUAUAAAAGACAAGGUAUUUUGCAAAAAGUUCGUCAAUUAUUAAAAGAAAUUGAUGUUUUAGCUGUUCCAACCUGUCCUUUGAAUCCAACCUUUGAAGAUUUGGAAAAAGAACCAGUCUUAGUCAACUCAUAUCAAGGUACUUGGACUAACUUUGUCAACUUGGCUGAUUUAGCUGCUUUAGCAAUUCCAGCUGGAUUCAGAUCUGAUGGUUUACCACAAGGUGUCACUUUAAUUGGUCAAAAGUUCACUGAUUAUGCUUUGUUAGAUCUUGCUAACCGUUAUUUCAAAGUUGCAUUCCCACCAGAAGCUAGAAAAUUAGGUGCCACUGAUGCUAAAUCUUUAUUAGGUGAUGAAUUAUCAGUUCCAAAACCAGACCUUUCAAGAUCCAUUAAAUUGGCUGUUGUUGGUGCUCAUUUACAAGGUAUGGCUCUACACUGGCAAUUGGAAAAAGUGAAUGCCACUCUAUUACAAGCUAUUAAAACUUCAAAGAACUACAGACUAUAUGCUUUACCAAAAGUUGGACCUGUUGCUAAACCUGGUUUGAGAAGAGUUAGUGAGUUUGGUGAACAAAUUCAAUUGGAAGUUUAUUCUGUUCCAUUAGAAAACUUUGGUGAUUUCAUUGCUAUGGUUCCUGAACCUUUAGGUAUUGGAUCUGUUGAGUUAGAAAAUGGAGAAUGGGUCAAAUCAUUCAUUUGUGAAGAAAUUGGUUAUUCACAAAAAGGUACUACUGAUAUCACAAGUUAUGGUGGCUGGAAAAAUUACAUUCAAGAGUCAGCUGCUAAAGAUUCAUCAGCCAAAAAACCAUUCAACACUGUUUUAGUUGCUAAUAGAGGUGAGAUUGCUGUCCGUAUCAUCAAAACUUUGAAGAAGAUGGGUAUCAGAGCUGUCUCUAUUUAUUCAGAUCCUGAUCAAUACUCUGAACAUGUUUUAGUUGCCGACCAAGGAGUUCCAUUACAUGGAUCAAGUGCUGCUGAAACUUAUAUCAAUAUUGAUAAAGUGAUCAAAGCUGCUAAGGACUCAAAAGCUGAAGCUAUUAUCCCAGGUUAUGGUUUCUUAUCAGAAAAUGCUGACUUUGCUGAUAGAUGUGCUAGAGAAGGUAUUGUCUUCGUUGGUCCUUCUGGUGAUUCCAUUAGAAAGUUGGGUUUGAAACAUUCAGCAAGAGAAAUUGCUCAAAAAGCUGAUGUUCCAUUAGUUCCAGGUUCUGGUUUAAUCUCUGAUGUUCAAGAAGCUAUUGAAUUUGCUAAAAAGUUGGGUCUUUCAGAUGAUCCUGAAACCUCUGUCAAAGUGAUGUUGAAAUCAACUGCCGGUGGUGGUGGUAUUGGUUUACAAAAAGUUGAUGUUUUAGCUGACUUACCAAACUCUUUUGAAACUGUUCAACAUCAAGGUAAAGCUUAUUUUGGUGAUUCUGGUGUUUUCUUGGAAAGAUUUGUUGAAAAUGCUAGACAUGUUGAAAUUCAAAUGUUUGGUGAUGGGUUUGGUAAUGCUAUUGCACUUGGUGAACGUGAUUGUUCUUUGCAACGUCGUAACCAAAAAAUUAUUGAAGAAACUCCAGCUCCAAACUUACCAGAAACUACUAGACAAGCUAUGAGAAAAGCUGCUGAACAAUUAGGUAGUUCAAUGAACUAUAAAGGUGCAGGUACUGUUGAAUUCAUUUAUGAAGAAAAAAGAGAUGAAUUUUUCUUUUUGGAAGUCAAUGCUCGUUUACAAGUUGAACAUCCAAUUACUGAAGCUGUUACAGGUUUAGAUCUUGUUGAAUGGAUGUUGAAGAUUGCCGCAAAUGAUGCUCCAGAUUUCAAGAGUCAAAAGAUUGAAGUUACAGGUGCUUCAAUGGAAGCAAGAUUAUAUGCUGAAAAUCCAGUCAAAGACUUUAGACCAUCACCAGGUCAAUUGACUGAUGUUGUUUUCCCAGAAUGGGCUAGAGUGGAUACUUGGGUUCAAAAAGGUACUGUUGUUUCUGCUGAAUAUGAUCCAACUUUAGCAAAAAUCAUUGUUCAUGGUAAAGAUCGUGCUGAUGCUUUAAGAUUAUUACAAAAGGCUUUAGAUGAAACUACUGUUUAUGGUGUUAUUACCAAUUUGGAUUAUUUAAGAUCUGUUGCCAACUCCGAGAUGUUUGAAGCCGCUAAAAUGCAUACAAAGAUCUUAGACUCUUAUGAUUAUAAAGCUAACGCUUUUGAGAUUUUAUCACCAGGUGCUUACACUACUGUUCAAGAUUAUCCUGGUAGAACUGGUUAUUGGAGAAUUGGUGUUCCACCUUCAGGCCCAAUGGAUAGCUAUUCUUUCAGAUUAGCAAACAAGAUUGUUGGUAAUGCUAAUGCUUCCCCUGCUAUUGAAGUAACUUUGAAUGGUCCAACUUUACAAUUCCAUACUGAUGCUAUCAUUGCUGUUACAGGUGGUGAAGUUGAAGUUAAAGUUAACAAUGAUGCUGUGAAACAAUGGGAACCGGUUCAUGUUAGAAGAGGUGACAAAUUGGCUAUUGGCAAAAUCACCAAAGGUUGCAGAGCUUAUCUUGCUAUAAGAGGUGGUAUUGAUGUGAGUGAAUAUUUAGGAUCAAGAUCUACUUUUGCUUUAGGUAACAUGGGUGGUUAUAAUGGUAGAGUUUUGAAACUUGGUGAUGUUUUAUUUUUGGGUCAACCAUACUUGAAGAGUAACACCCUACCAGCACCAGAAUCUGAACCAUUGGUCUUACCCCAAGAAUUGAUCCCAGAAUUUGAAUCAAAGCAAUGGACCGUUGGUGUUACUUGUGGUCCUCAUGGCUCUCCAGACUUUUUCAAACCAGAAUCUGUUGAAGAAUUUUUCUCUGAGAAAUGGAAAGUUCAUUACAACUCUAAUAGAUUCGGUGUCAGAUUAAUCGGUCCUAAACCAAAAUGGGCUAGAUUAGAUGGUGGUGAAGCUGGUCUUCAUCCUUCAAAUCAACAUGAUUAUGUAUAUUCAUUAGGUGCUAUCAAUUUUACUGGUGAUGAGCCAGUUAUUUUGACUUGUGAUGGUCCUUCAUUAGGUGGGUUUGUUUGUCAAGCUGUUGUUGCUGAUUCUGAAAUGUGGAAGAUUGGUCAAGUUAAGCCAGGUGAUUUAAUUCAAUUUGUUCCAAUCUCAUACUCAACUGCUAGAGAAUUGAAAUCUAAACAAGAUACCACAGUUGAAACAUUUACUGGUGGCUAUCCACUAUUGACUAGUGAAUUGACUUUAACCAAACCUGAAAAUCCAGUUCUUGCCACAUUCAAAGCUUAUGAUAAUGCUCCAAUUGCUACCUAUCGCCAAGCUGGUGAUCGUUAUAUUUUGUUGGAAUAUGGUAACAAUUCAAUGGAUUUCAACAUCUCUUACAGGGUUAAUCGUUUGAUUGAAAUGGUUGAUACUCAUCGUACAGUUGGUAUUGUUGAAAUGUCACAAGGUGUUAGAUCUGUUUUGAUUGAAUUUGAUGGUUAUUUGAUUGACCAAUCCCAAUUGAUUGAAACUUUGAUUGCUUAUGAACGUGAAAUCUUAUUUGAAAACAAAUGGAAAGUGAAAUCCAAAAUUUUCAAAUUACCAAUGGCUUUUGAAGAUAAGAAAACAUUAGAUUGUGUUACUCGUUAUCAAGAAACUAUUCGUUCUGAAGCUCCUUGGUUACCAAACAACGUUGAUUUUAUUGCUGAUGUUAAUGAUAUUAGUCGUAAUGAUGUUAAAAAUAUGUUAUACAGUGCUAGAUUCUUGGUUUUAGGUCUUGGUGAUGUUUUCUUAGGUGCUCCAUGUGCUACUCCAUUAGAUCCACGUCAAAGAUUCCUAGGUACUAAAUAUAAUCCAUCAAGAACUUACACAGCUAAUGGUGUUGUUGGUAUUGGUGGUAUGUACAUGUGUAUCUAUGCUAUGGAUUCACCAGGUGGUUAUCAAUUAGUUGGUCGUACCAUCCCAAUUUGGGAUAAAUUAAAAUUGGGUGCUCACAGCACAGAACAUCCAUGGUUAUUGACACCAUUUGAUCAAGUUGAAUUUUACCCAGUUAGUGAAGAAGAAUUGGAUAAAUUUACUGAAGAUGCUAAACAUGGUCAUUUCAAAGUUGAAGUUGAAGAUAGUGUUUUUGAUCAUGGUGAAUAUUUACAAUGGAUUGAGAAAAACAUUGAUUCGAUCAGAAAAUUUGAACAAAAUCAAAAAGGUGAAAAAGCAGCUGAAUUUGCUAAAUUGAUCCAAGUUGCAAAUGAAGAAUUAGCCAACAGUGGUGGACCAAAAGUUGAUGAAGCUGAAAAAUUCCCAGAUGAUGCAGAAAUGGUUUAUUCAGAAUACAAUGGUAGAUUCUGGAAAUCAUUGGUUAAAGUUGGUGAUACAGUGGAAGAAGGUCAAGGUUUAGUUGUUGUUGAAGCAAUGAAAACUGAAAUGGUUGUCAAUUCUCCAAAAGCUGGUAAAGUUUUGAAAGUUGUACAUGUUAAUGGUGACAUGGUUGAAGCUGGUGAUUUAGUGGUUGUUAUUCACUAG